CUCAAAGAUAAAGAAUCGAACAUAACCUCAAAAAAAACCGAAGCCUCCAAAACAAAGCAAGCGAAGAAAUUAUGCUUCAUUCAAUCGUGUCGAAAAAAAAAUAUUUUUGUGUUCUUUAUGCCGGAUUUUUGGACUAAAAAUGAAUUAAACUAAUAAAAAAAAUGGUUCACUACUUUGAAUUGUUGGCUGUGCGCAAUAAUGCGCGAUUUGCAAUGUGCUGGCUGGCAGCAACAAAUUAUUCAGCCUUCCAAAACCAUGUCAAGAAAGGACAUCUUCAGACAAUCCGGGUGUCCAAUAUGUGUGAUGAAAUCCUCAAGAUGCUCAACUCAGAAUCCCAGGAACCGCGUGAAAGGAUCUCCCUGCCCCUGGCGGCUAAACUUUCGUAUGGAAUUGUGAAAAUUCACGCCAAGAUAGCGGAUGAACUUCUGGAGGAAGUUUUGGCUGCCCUGAAGGUUCAAUCAUUUGUAUUGAAGAGUUUGAAUUUUUCUGAGGAUACGGAUGAAGUCCAGAAGCCAGUGAAAGGCGCUAAGAAGAGACAACUACAGAUUGCUGCUUCCAAGGCACGUUCCAAGCGUCCAAAGUUGGGGAAUUCAGGAAAUGCUGGAAAUGCUCUUCAGCUAAUUGAAGAUCUGGAUGAUGUUCCUCUUGAGGACACUCUGAACAUUCCCGAAUCCUCACAUACGGUUUCAAAUGAACUCAUCUCUCUGCGGGAGGUUCCUUCACUUCCUACACUGAAUCAGCUACAACCUCUAGAUCCUUUCGAUGACUUUCUCGAGGAAGCAGACGCGGAUGAAGAUAUUAGCCGUGUGCUGGACUACUUUGGAAGUAUGAAUGUAUCGAGUGUUGAUACUCCUCUCGGGUCAUCAUCUUCCACCAUGAUUAGUCUUCCGGGACCAUCUAGGAGGAAGUUUGCAACGUCAACUCCACUCUCAAUGUUCAAGAACUUUUGUGGAUCAAUGAGCAAGCAGGGAAUUUCUUCAAUUACCGCCAUGAACAUUACGAUGAUUUCUGCCAAUUGCAAUCGGAUGCAGGAUAUUUUUGAAGGACCAGCAAGUCAGGAAUUUCAUGGAUUUCCGGAAACUUCAAAUGCUCUGCCGGAUGCUGCUCCCCCUGGGGAAAUAGAAGUGAAACCAGAGCCGGGUGAUGUGGAUGAAAUUCCUCCUCAAUUGCCGGAAGUUCCUCUGGAGCUAGAGGGUGUGCAGGGAAUCCCGGGAGAAGAUCUAAAUCCUCCGGAAGUGCCAGAAGUGAAUGAUCGAGAGCUACAAGAAAACGUCCAAGAGCCACAAGAAAAUCUUCCAAAUCCAGCAAUCAAUGAUGAAUUUAUUGCUCCUCCAGUUGUAGCAGAAGUAGAAGAACUCACAGAGACUCCUCCGGAAGUUAAAAAUGAGCCCCAAAAAUUCAGAGGAGGAAAGAAGCGCAAAAUUCAGCAGGUAGAUGACGUUAAGAUGAUUCCCGGAGCUAAGUUGGCAAAACAAGUGGAAUCUUCUGGAAAAGCUGUGAAUUUCCAUCGAGCCAGAGACAUGGCCUUCCGCCAAAGUCAAUUUGAUAAGGAUUUCAUCUCACGGCCAUUGCGCAAGAGGGUGGCAGAACCGCUGAUGGAUCUCUUUGGGAGGAACUGCAAAAUUCGUCGUGUAACCUCGGAUGAAACAAUGGACAUCCUGGGGGAGAUUCUAAUGGGAUCUACUUUGAAUAAUAAUCGCCCCAGUGAGGAUGUCAUGCUGCCCAUUAUGGAGGAUUUUAAUAACUUUGGCAAUAAACGCAGGACAAGGAAGCACCAGGGAGGGAAUAUUCAGCAGGAUAUUCCUCUUCUGCUGGAAGAAGCCCCACCGCCGGUGAUUCAGGCGCAUCAGGAAGUUCCUGGGAAUUUCUUUGAAAUUCCACAGGAGCCUCGAAACGUAUUUCAGGAUGAUUUCACAGAGGAAGGAGUUCUGACAAAACUCCAGAAUCUCUGGAGCCGCGGCAAGAAUCCCAUCACAAUGAACACCCUCCUGGGUGAUGCAAAUGGAAAGAAGGAGGCAGCAAAAGCUUUCAUGUCCAUCAUGGAGUUGGUCAAACAGAGGAAGAUUAAAUUGCAUCGUAACGAUGCCAAUCUGGAGAUCAUCCACAUUGCUCCAUUUGCAGCUUAAUGAAGAAAUUUUUCUUCUUUUCUAUUUAUUUGUCUUUGAAUUCCUUAAUCGAAUUAUUUUUUUAUUAAUCUAUUUUCCAGUGAAAUCUACAAAAAAAUAUAUUUAAUAUAUAUUUUGUCCAAAAUCCAUUUGAAACAAUUGUGAAAUUUCAACGAAAUAUUUGUAAAAUUACAAUAAAAAGAAGAAAUUGUACAGAAAAAA